AUGGGGAGCCUGCCCAGCCGGGAGCGGCCCCUCAGGAUCCCACCGACCGUGCAGCCUCCGCUGCCCGCCCAGGCAGGUGGGGCGGGCAGAUCUCUGAGCCCCCAGACCCUCCCCGCAGCCCCCAGCGACUCCCUGGCCCUCGCCCUCUGCGACUUCCCCUCCGGCCCCGGGGCGGCCGCUGUCCUGAGGAUGGGGGAGCAGCUCCGCGUCCUCUCCGAGGAUGGGGAGUGGUGGCUGGUGGCAUCCGAGGUGUCCGGCAAAGAGUGUCGUGUCCCCAGCAGCUGUGUGGCCAAGGUCAGGCACAGGUGGCUGUACGAGGGCGUCAGCCGGCAGAAGGCAGAGGAGCUGCUGCUCCAGCCAGGCAACCGCAGCGGGUCCUUCCUGAUCCGGGAGAGCCAGACCCGGCAAGGCUGCUUCUCGCUGUCGGUGCGGCACGGCCAGCGCUGCUCCUGGGACUCGGUGACACACUAUCGCAUCCACCGCCUGGAGAACGGCUGGCUCUACAUCUCCCCCCGGCUCACCUUCCCCAACCUGCACGACCUGGUGGACCACUACUCUGAGUUCAGAGAGGGGCUGUGCUGCCCCCUCAGGGAGCCCUGUGCCACGGAAGGGGUGAAGGUGGCCCCAGUCCCUGCCAUGCCUGCUGUGGUGAAGAAGCCAUCACUCAACUGGGAUGAGAUCGACAGUUCCCUGCUGUUCUCAGCCACCGCGUCCCCACCAGAGGACUCUCCCAUCAGCCUGGGCCUGCGAGAAGCCAUCAGCUCCUACCUCCUCCUGACUGAGACUGCCACCCCCAAGCAGGGCCCUGUGGGGAAGGGGGCAAAGAGCAGCUGAGGGCAGGGCCCCUUUCAGCUGCAGCCCCACAGCAGAUGCCCAGUGACAGCAUUCACCUGGUUACAGCCACCAUUGCUCACUGAUGUGGUGGGAGCCAGUGCCCAUGGACCAUUAGCCCCGAGAGGGACCUUAUCAAUGUAUAUAAGUAUCUAAGGGGUGAGUGCAAGGAAGAUGGAGACAGGCUCUUCUCAGUAGUUCCCAGUGACAGAACAAGGGGCAACGGGCACAAGCUGGAACAUGGGAAGUUCCACUGAAAUAUGAGGAAAAACUUCUUUACAGUGAGAGUGACAGAGCCCUGGGACAGGCUGCCCAGGGAGGCUGUGGAGUCUUCUUCUCUGCAGACAUUCAAGACCUGCCUGGAUGCAGCCCUGGGUAAUGUGCUCUAGGUUAGUCUACUUCAGUGGGAGAGCUGGACUAGAUGAUAGAGGUCCCUUCCAACUCCAGCCAUUCUGUGAUUCUGUGAUUCUGGGACAGCAGGGGACAGGCAGGAACCAAUGCUGGAGGAAGGGGCUGCCUGAGGUCCCAGCUUCCCCCAGUGCUUUGGGAUGUGAUGUUUGAGUACCCCAAGCAUCACCCAGUGCCCACAGGAGGAGAAGGCAGAGGUUGUACAUAGACAGAGCCCUGCCAGCCCCAUGGGCUGCCCCACAUCUGCACUCCCACAGCAGCAGAGAAAUGGGAUACAAAGGCCCAGCAACCCAAGCCUGGUCCAGGUGAGGAACAGCCCAAAGCCAUUAGACCUCUCAAGUUGAUGCACAGUUUAUCAGGGUGAGGUGUCUGUGCAGGACAGGGCCUGAGCGCAGCAGCAACAGCCCCUCAUACUCUCACCACCCAUAACUCACCCCUCUGCUUGUUGGGACCAGCAGCAAUCAACCCUUGCACCUGAAGUAGCUGAUUUUUAAACCUUUAAACGCAUGGAUUGCA